AUGUCGUUUGGCCCACGGAAACCGGUCACUGGUCCACCACGUGCCACCCGUCCCACCAUCGCCAAAAAGGUGGUCAGUAAAGCUUCAGUGACGCGGGAUGUUGCAAAACCAAACCGACAACCGGCGACCAAACCGAAGGCACCACCGCCGGCAGUUGCUCCACCGACCAAAAAGCCUCCAACGUUGGCCGUACCGAAGCCACCAAGCGUCCCGAAACCGCCGUCACCGGAACCAGUGUAUGACUACGAGUCGGAUUUUGAAUCUGAUGAGAGUGUCCCGAGUGCAGAAAGCUCCAGCUCGGAACAGGAACCCGUAGACAACACAGAGUCUGAAAACUCCACCUCGGACGGAGGGGAUGACGAAAACGAUGACAACGAUGAUAAGCUAGAAGAAGUGGAAAGUGAAGGACAUUCCAGGACGAAGUUUGAGGAGGUCGAAGAAAAGCCUCCUCAAGUAAAGUACGAACAGCCGGCCCAGAAGAGUAACCCACGAAAUGCUCGGAGUGUAGAUAUUUUAAGCAAAAUAUCACUGAACGAUGUGACGGUGGAUUUGUACAAGUUCGAUCCCGAGGAGUACGCCGAGUUGCGGACACACUUUGGCGUCACCACGACGAUCGCACACGGCAAGCACGUUCAAACCGAUUGCAGUUUGGUAUCGACGGCUCAACAGACAUCCAGAAUUGUGACUCACGAUCGUUACACUUCUAUGCACGGAGGUCUUCGCAGUUUGCAGGCGGAUAAUAAUGAAUCGGAGAGCAUCGGGAACGUGGAAAACGACGAGGAUGAUGUGCAGAAUUAUAGCAGUUUGCAAAAUAUUGAACGAAUGUUUACAACUUUGAACGGAGCCUUGGAGCGAAGGUUUUCCAAAGAUACCGCAAUGCUCGACCAGGUGGUGGUUGGCGGACGUAAGAGUAUCCCCAAUCAGCAGCGAAUCGUUCUUGAGCUGGUGAGAAAAUCCGCACCAAUCUUCGAAGCAUUACUGGAGGCCAAACGAUCUAAACCUCGCCGUACAGACGUGACGCGGAAUGGUGAAGGUACACGACUGGAAGAAGGACGCAAGCAGGAUGGCAAAAUGUCGACGAAUGUGAUACGAUCAUUCGAUACGGGCAAAAUGUGGCCCGAGUAUGAGGUGAAGUUGGUGCAUGCGAACCAAACACCAGAACCGGACCAGUAUGUGAUUGAGUUUUGGGCAAGAGGAACCUACUCUCGGCCGAUGUAUCGCUUCUGCUCGUGGUCUCCGGUGCAAUGUGUGGACUACGAAUGCCGCAAGCGGAUGAUGGUUUUCGGAGGAAGCAGCGACGGAACCCUUCAAAUGUGGCUUGGAGAUGCCGGUCGGUGCUAUAACGAAACUUUACCACCCCAUCAAAUCGUAGCCCCAAACGUGGGACGAAAACACAAGCUGUCUUGUUGGGAAGUGGUGACGCUUAAAGUACUUCCGGUGCCGGUCACCAAAGAUGGCUCUAUGGAGAGUGGAAAUGAAAAUGUCCUUAAUCAGGUGUUCGGGUUGUUUUCGACCGGUAUCAUCGUUGUUUGGCUCGUGCAAAUGGACGCAAGAAAUGUGCCAUCCGUAACCAACACACUGAAUGUCACGUUGGGACAACCGAACGUUUCGCUAGUGCAGUCGAAAGUGAUUGACCUGAACUCACGUAUCGGAAAUCGUUUGACUUACGACGCGCUUCGUUCGUUUGGCAAUCUGCUUCUGCAUGAUCAUCACCAGAUGGUGUUGUCCAGCGAUCGUUCGGUGAUAAGGCUAAGCCAUUUUGUGGAAUCGGAGUACGAUCCGGCGCUACUGAUUCAACCAGACCCUGCCCACUCGAUCGUGACCCUCAAAAGAAUGGCACAUACGACCGACACACUGUUCGCGCUGUACUCUAACAAAACCGUCCACGUACUGAAGCUCAACACCUCGCCGGAAGGUGCUGAAAGUGCACACCAUCACCACCGGAAACAUGAUAAUCAGCCCAAUCUGAUGCUAAGCGUUUGUACGAACAAAUCCUGUACCAUCCAAAGUAUCGUGCACGAGGAGGCAAAACGAUACGGCACGGGCAACAGCGCUAGUGGAGGCCGGGCCGACGGUGGAACUAUAGCUCCGAGGUCGACCGACUUGGAGCAAAACGGCCACGUGGAAUUGGCGACGAGGCCUCGUUUUCAUCAUGGGCAGCAGAUUUUAUUUUUUGGUUCGUGUCAUCCGGACAGUUUAUUGACGGAACAGAACUUCAACGAAAAAGCAUCGAUAGGAUUUUAG